AUGAACUUUUCCAUCGUUGUUGUUUUCCUUUCCAUGGCUGCCUUUGCCGUUGCCGCGCCCGUUGCCAAUGAGGACAUUGCAGCCCGCCAGAACCACGGCAUGUGCGUCUCAUCCACCGACGGCACGCCCGUCCAGAUCGAGGGCUGCUAG